AUGAAAUUAGACGCCAAAGCCCUUCGGUAUAUGUCUGCAGAAGACUUUCGAGUCCUAACAGCUGUUGAAAUGGGCUCGAAAAACCACGAAGUUGUUCCCAGUCAAAUGAUUGCGCAAAUUGCUCAGUUAAGACAUGGUGGUGCACAUAAAAUUGUUGGCGAUCUAGCAAAGAGGAAAUUGAUUGCGCGUGUUCAAAAUAUGUCCUAUGAUGGUUAUCGCUUGACUUAUGGUGGUUAUGAUUACCUUGCAUUAAAGACAUUUGCCAAAAGAGGAUCUGUUUACUCAGUUGGUAAUCAAAUUGGUGUUGGUAAAGAAUCAGAUAUCUAUAUUGUCGCUGAUGAAGAGGAUAAUCAGCAUGUGUUGAAGUUACAAAGACUUGGCCGUAUGUCCUUUAGAACUAUCAAGUCGAAACGUGAUUACUUACAAAAAAGAAAAUCUGCUUCUUGGAUGUAUAUGUCACGGUUAGCGGCCAUGAAGGAAUAUGCCUUUAUGAAAGUUCUCUAUGAUAAUGGAUUUCCAGUGCCAGAACCAAUUGAUCAAAACAGACAUUGUGUGGUCAUGGGCUUAAUUGAUGCAUACCCUCUGCGUCAAAUCGAAGAAGUAGGUGACCCAGGCAAACUCUACUCUGAAUUAAUGAGUUUGAUUGUCAAAUUGGCUCAGUAUGGCCUUAUCCAUGGUGAUUUCAACGAAUUCAACAUAUUGAUCAAAAGUGACGGUUCACCUAUAUUGAUUGAUUUUCCUCAAAUGGUUUCAACAUCCCAUAUGAACGCAGAAUAUUACUUCAAUCGUGAUGUAGAAUGUAUUCGUACUUUUUUCCGUCGUCGAUUUGGAUACGAAAGCGUCCUUUAUCCUCGUUUUACCAAGGAUGUCAAUAGAGAGUUCAGUUUGGAUGUGCAAGUUGCUGCUAGUGGGUUCAGUAAGCAAAUGCAGAAGGAAUUAGAAGAUUAUCAAGAAGAAAUCAAAGAGACAUCAGAUGAGGAGGAGGAGGAUGACGAAAGCGAAGACGAGGAAACUGACGAUAGUGAAGAAGAGGAGGAAACGGAGGAAGGCGAUGCAUCACCAAACCAACAGACUUACGAUAAUGAUGAUGAGGAAGAUAUUGCUGAAAAAGUGAAAGAAAUAAAGUUAGAGGAACAAAAAGUUGAUGAUGAAGAUAACAAUGAAGCUGAAAAAGAUGACGAUGGUGACGAACUGGAAAAACCAAAUAAUCGUGAGUUCAAAGCGUAUUGUGACACGACAUCAAAGAAAAAGAAGCCACACAAAGUGGGAAUGUCCGAAGAAGAGUUGAAGAGUAGAGUAUCGCGUACCUUAAAUAAGAAAUUUGCAAAAUCUGGAAAUAGAAAUGCCAGAGGAAACAACUUAAAACAUAAGGGCAAAAGAAGUGAUAAGUCUGAAGCCAAACUUGGUAAAAAUGCAAUUUUUUAA